CAAAACCUUCGCGAGUUUGUGAUGUGCACGUGACAGAGGGCAGUAGAGGGGACAGAUAAGGAGAAGAAACAUCAAAUCACUUCCUGCUCUCGGCGAGAGGACAUGGGGAUACGUUUAAGAAGGGUUUAAGGGGUAGGUGACACGCUGAGGAAGAUAAAUAUUCGUCCAUCCACAAAUACCACAUAGCAGGUGCAGGGUACCCAUAGUGAGGUCUGUUGAAAAAUACAGCUGCAAUAAGAAAACACAAGAAUAAUACUUUCAGCACCUCCGUGGCUGCAGCUUAAUUGUGUUAUAAUUACAGGAAGGAAAUCGAGUGACAAUACUGAUGACUGCUCCAGCGUACACCAGUUUCUGUAGUUCCAGGAGAACAGUGACCAUACCAUGUGCAUCUCCUCCCCGCUUGUCUGUCAACAUGCAGGCUGACCGUCAGUCAGUAGAGGAGUGUGGUAUGCUGCUGAAAUAACACUGUCACCACAGCAAGUUCACCUGCUACACACGGCACCUCACAGACACUUUGUCACCGGACCGCCCGGUACAGGUAAAACUGUGGUGCUGCUGCUGAUGGGCGUAAAAUGGCUGCUGGAAGGUCACCAAGUGCACAUUGUGUGUAGUAGCAGAGAAAGUCGUGUAGCGUGCACCAUGUUGUAUCGGAUGCUGCUACAACAUCAACCAGAGGCAUUUCCUGACCAGCUGAGGUUUCUGCAGUAUAACUUUUUUGAUGUCGGUACAGACGUGGAGAAGGCCGUCAACGACUUGUCACAGGCGGCGACAGAAGACUCGUUGUAUGUCAUCAGUGAUGACGUAGAGUUAGGCUUCCAGACUUUCUGUGACAGACUGCUAGGACGUGUUCCUGGUCUCCACCUUUGGGCGGCAAGUUAUUUCAGCAAACAUCCACCCGACAACUGGCCGGAGGAAUAUUUAACCAGACCCUUCCGUUCCCCACCAGCUGUUGUCAUGCAAGUAGAGCAGGAUGAAAAAUUCCGUUUUAACGUCAAACCCUAUACUCAAGUAGAGUUACUCCAAGACAACAAUGAUCUAGAGACAGUAUACCACCCACCUCAGGGGCACCCAGCUCUCUACCCAGGUGACUGUGAAACCUGUGGUUGUCAGGUGGCCACAAUACUUCUCAGACUCCGUGAAAGUGUUUCAGAAAGGACCACGGCGUCAGGCACAGCACAAGCCAGCCUGGAGUGGAGAGACAUGUUGGUCCUGUACGGUACUAACCUUACAGGGAUUGACCGUAAAGACAUCUCUGGUUUGAUAAACGGACUUAAAAAUUCGGGUAUUCCAGUAGAGAUUAUGAAAGAUGAUAACAUUAAGGACGUGGCCACGGCCUGCACUGAUGUGGUUUGGGUGACAAAUACUCGCAAUGUUCGUGGUUUGGAGAGAAAAGUCGUCGUGGUCGUGCAGGAAAGUAAUUUUGAUAUCCACAAUGAUCGACUUUACCUCAUGUCACGGUGUUCUUCAAAGCUCGUGAUUGUCUGCCCAGAUAAACGUCUCUAAGUACAUACAUGUCAGGGUGGUUGGGGCUCUGAAGCAAAGUGGGGUCCGACGAGUCAAAAUUUCUCUAGGAAAACCCAACUCCAUGGAUAAGUCCCUAACUUUUUAUUGUAUAUUUUUGACAGAUGUGUAAAAAGAUUAUUGUUCCCAGUAGACCAGAUGUCAUUCCUAGUGAGAUUAUUAAUACCUGAGAUCAUCCGAUUGCUAAUAUGACAGACAGUUUUUGACAAAACUAUUAUUCGUUAUCAAUUUUAUUGUGAGGUUUUUGAAUAACCAAACCGAUUUUUAAGUGAAAUGAGUGGAAGAUCAACAGAAUGUUAAGAAGGCUACAAUUAAUUAACACAAAUGUUACAUUUAUGCUUUUAGGGCUCACAACAGAUUCCAUGUCUUUGGUAUAAUGAGCUUUUGUCUUCAGGAUCCAUAAGCUGUAAAGAAGACUUGUAGCCUUAUAACAUCAUAUAUUAGAUGAUAAUGAUCGAAUAUUGUAACAUGUUACUAAUUGGAUGUAAUGGCAAACUAGCAAAUGUUGACAUGUAAUCUCAGAGACAUUAAUUUAAACAGUAACGACUGAUUUAUAUAUCGGUCUUCGUGUACUUUACUAUCUGUACCAAGCAUAAUCCAGUACAGAAAUUGUUAUUUAGCUCACAAAAUAAUUUAUACAUGUUAAAAUAAUAUAUAUAUAUAAAGAUACACAGCAACAUAGUGACAUUUAACACGCACGCACACCUUUACCCUUUUGACAUACACAUGAACUUCAUCCAAUGCAUCAUCGUCUGUCAUCUCCACAGGAGAUCCUGUCAAGGAUGAAUAAGACACAGUCAAUCUUUCAUACAAAUGAGUGGUGAUGAAAGUUAAUCAUGAAGGAUUGUUGCACUGAGGUAUAUAUAUAUAUGUAUGUAUACCUCAACAUCUACAUACACAGAGAGAGAGAGAGAGAGAAACAUAUAUGCAUGUAUGUUUUGAUACAAGGGGAAAUAUAUCUGGCUUAAAAUAUACCUACAAUAAAUCACUUGGUAGUUAGACGGUGACAACUUUAGCUGUGUGUAGCUGAAGCAAGAAGUCUGUUCGAUGUCACCUGUAGAAUAUGUCUCCACAUCACAGACAGGUUGAUAAUGAUGACUUUCUUCGUGCUGUAUACUUGCGGUCUACCUUAGCAAAACUAAAGAUUAUUUUAUCGAGAUUUACAAUAUUUAUCGGAAAUUAAAGCCAAAACAAGUUGUAAUCAA